AUGCUACACGCCGAACAUCGUCUCAUGCAACAGAUGAUUACUAUGGAGGUAGAUACGCCAGUUACAACCACGCCGACCGCUCGGGCUACCAAUGCGCCACGUACCGGGCCCUCACCAGCGCCCCGAACUGUGGUUGCAACAACGUCGGCAACUGCACCGGCAACCACGCCGCCCCCUGUACCGGCAACCGCGCCUGCAGCGGCCCUUCAAGCCGCACCUCGCGGUGGCACUCGGCCACCAUCACACCCAUCACGGACGUUGGAGACCCUAAGCCCGCAUCACACGCUGCUACAUCGUAGCGCAGCACGUGAAUUGACUCGGACAGCCAUCCAUCGCGGCCGCAUACCCCGAAUCCAACCCGCAUCUCGUGGCGCACCCCAGCGGAGCGGAACUUCAUUGCGGCGUCGACAGCCUGGGCCACCACCUCGUCGGUCUACGGGGCUGAGCAGCGUUGUGGCAACGCUGCAACAGUUGCAGCGUCUUUUGGGCUAA